AUGAGAUUCGUGUCGAUCCUUACCUCAGUUGCCCUGACCUCGGUCGCUUUAGCCAUUCCGGCCGUGCAUCCCCGCGGUGAUGCUUCGGACGAAGCUCAGGUUUCUGGGUUGGUCGAGGACAUCAAAGCCAGUGUUCUCAAGUCACUGGAUGACAGAGAAGCCAAACUUCGCAAGCGCGGCGAAGAAGCGAGCUGCCACGGGAGAAAUGUUGUGUUCCGCAGAGAGUACGGCUCGCUCUCUGAAGAGGAGCGUCUUUCUUACGUCAAUGCGAUCAAGUGCCUCCAGACUCUGCCCGCGCGAACACCUGCCAACGUCUCAUCUGGUGCUAAGUCACGAUAUGAUGAUUUCGUCGUGACCCACAUCCAACAGACCUUGACCAUUCAUUAUACCGGAUGCUUCAUGCCAUGGCAUCGCUGGUUUUUGUACGAAUACGAAACUGCUCUUCGCGACGAGUGUAAUUACACGGGCUAUCUGCCCUACUGGGACUGGCCCAGGUAUGCUUCCGCUCCGGAAAAGUCGCCCAUCUUCAACGGUGAUCCUUACAGCCUGGGAGGCAACGGCGAGUACGUCCCGCAUGAGGGUCCUGUCAUCGUGCCUCCUCCUGGAGUCGGCGGCGGAAACAUUUCGUUGCCGGCUGGUCUCGGCGGCGGUUUCGUGAGGACCGGGCCCUUUGCCAACAUGACUGUCAAUCUGGGACCUGUCGGUGGCCUGCAGGGCACAGCGCCUGGCCCCGACGGUGGACUUGGUUAUAACCCCCGCGGCCUGAAGAGAGAUGUCGGACCGGCGAUGAAUCUUCGCUACGCAAAUUAUACCACCGUUCUGAACCUUCUGCAGAAACCCAACAUCGAGCAGUACCGUUUGCUAUCGGAGGGUGUUCCAUACACAAUCGAGAUAGGCCCUCACGGUGGCAUUCACUACACCAUCAGCGGCGAUCCCGGCGGUGAUCUGUUUACGUCUCCUGGAGACCCUGCUUUCUACGCCCACCACGCCAUGAUGGAUCGCAUGUGGACUCUCUGGCAAGCUCUUGACCCCAAGUCACGCCACUGCCAGCUCAACGGUGGCAACUAUGGCCACAGGACUUGGGCCAAUCAGCCGCCCUCGGAGAAGACUAAGCUUAGUGAUAUAAUUGACAUGGGGUAUGCCGGCGACAAGAUCAUGAUUGCGGAAGUUAUGGACGCACUGUCAGGUCCGUUUUGCUACUUUUACUUGUGA